AUGGGCGCGCACAACCAACCCGCCCGGCUCUCUCCCCCAACGCCUGCGGCGGGCACAGCCCGGGCAGGGGCACCGGUGUCCCGGCCACCGCAAAGGCCCAGACAGGCCCGCUCUCUCCUCCUUCCCUUUUGCCUUGUUGGAUUUUGCUGGUUUUUCUCUCCAGACAGGAAACCUGACAGCCCCGCGCCGGGAGAGGCGGUGACAAGUAUGACUCUACUCCGGACGGGCCUGCCCUACCGGCAGGGCCCCGAGUUUGCCCCCUCCCCCUGCACUCCUGUCCCCGUGGGUGCGGGUUACCGACAUGGAGAAGGGAUCUGA